UCCUUUGCUUAAAAUACACGAGUUCAUAUGUGUCUCUGUUUUGAAUGUCCUUGAUGUAUUUAAAUGCAUGUUUAGGUUCCGUUUGAUACAUGAUGAGAACUCUUAUAGGACUUAGAAGGGUCUGAAAUGUUUGCAAAACUAUUUUAAUGUUUCCCAUACAUGGUGUGAUUUUUCUAUUAAAUACAUGGAACUGGUCCUCGUGGUAGUGAAGGAUCGAAUUGAGAGGUCGUGUUCUUUGUGCGAUUCUGGGUGUCGACAGUUUUUAUAUAUAUAUAUUCUGUUAAGUAUAUGAAGUUGGGUUUCUGCUAAGGAGCUAAGGGCUGGGACUUUGAGUGGAGGACAUGCCUCUGAUUUUAUUUUAUUUUUACAAUGCAAAAGGUUUGAGUUUUAAUUAGUCUGUGUUAGGCUUUGAUAGUGCCUAGGUUGCUUAGCAUGGAAACUAUGAUAGCCAGGGUUUGGGUUCUUGAAGUCUGCUUAGCAUGCCAAAAUGUGCUGAUUUUUUUGUUUUGUUUGGAAUAAAUCUGCUUAUAUUGGUGUUUUUUUAUGGAAAUGGAGGGACAUGAGGUUCUGGUUUUCUUCAUAGUACCAUGAUCAUUGCUUAAAAUACAUGAGUUCAUGUGGUGAAUGUGGAGGCAAUGUUGUUUUGAGCCUCUAGUGCCUGAUAUUUUGGUUAAAAUUCGUAAAAAGUUGAGGUUUUUAAUUGAUUUUGAGCUAUGCGCGGCUGCUAUAUGUUCUUUCUUGGGUAAUUUUUUAAUGUUUUAGUUUUAGGUUGAUGGUUGAUGAUGACUACUCCUGUUUUUAAUGUUUUCAACAGGCAUGUCACCUAGUUCAAGCGCUGCUGCAGUCAGCGGGGCCACACUGAAUGACCACUUCUGGCAACCAACAGCCGAGGAAUCAUCAUCGUCAACUAAUGAGGCAUUUCCCUUCUCCUCUGGAAACCCUAGGAUCGAAGAGACACGAGGCGUUAUGCACCUUUUCUCCAACAAUGGCAUUUCAGAUCUCCCUGUCGAAAGGAAACCUCUAGUGGCAGUGGUUGGAGUGCCAAACCACAUGACUUAUGCUGACUUCUGCCAGUUUUGUGCUUCUUUCAUUCACCACAUUCUGGAGAUGCGAAUUGUUAGGUUAGAUGGAAUGGAGGAUCGUUAUAGUAUUCUUAUAAGAUUUGAUACUCAAGACUCCACUGAUAAAUUCUAUCUUCAUUUUAAUGGUAGACAAUUCAAUUCUUUGGAGGAGGAAGUUUGCCGGGUGCUUUUCACUGUUGAUGUCCAGUUCACUGGUUACAGUGGUUCACUUGAACACACAAAGCCAUCUCCAACAAGCACAACUGAGCAGCCUUCUUGUCCGGUUUGUCUUGAGAGGCUAGACCAAGACAUGGGUGGAAUUCUCACAACUAUAUGUAAUCAUUCUUUCCACUGCUCUUGCAUUUCAAAAUGGACUGAUUCUUCUUGUCCGGUUUGCCGAUAUUGCCAGCAACAACCUGAGAAAUCAAUUUGUUUUGUAUGUCAAACUUCUGAGAAUCUAUGGAUUUGUGUUUUAUGUGGUUUUGUUGGCUGUGGCAGGUAUAAAGGAGGACAUGCUAUACGACAUUGGAAAGAAACACAACACUGUUAUUCACUUGAAUUGGACACACAGCGUGUUUGGGAUUAUGUUGGUGACAAUUAUGUUCACCGACUGAUUCAAUCAAAAACUGAUGGGAAGUUAGUUGAGUUGAAUUCCCACUGUGUGCAUGCUUAUGAUGGUUGUGGAGGUUGUGAGUGUGCAGACUCUGGAGUUAGCGAGGCUCUUUUGAAAAGCAAAGUUGAAGCAAUUGUCAAUGAGUACAAUGAACUCCUUGCCACCCAGCUUGAGAACCAAAAGCUUUAUUUUGAUACUUUGCUCGAAGAAGUCAAAGAAGAAACUGAAAGAGAAAUUUCUGAAGCUGUUAAGAAGGCUAUUGCUCAAAAACUGCAGAAGUUGCAGGCCAAGCUGGAUAGAUGUAUAAAAGAGAAGAAGUUUCUUGAUGAUCUCAAUGAGAAUCUAGUGAAAAAUCAAGAGAUAUGGAAAGCAAAGAUAUCAGAAAUCGAAGAGAGGGAGAAAAUGGCUUUGAAAAUAAAGGACGAUAAAAUUCAGGACUUGGAAGAACAGCUUAGGGACUUGAUGAUGUCCCUCGAAGCAGGGAGGAAAGUGGAGCAGCAGCUAUCUAUACCAAAUGAAUUGAAGGAUGGAACUGUAUUACCAAUAUCAGUGGAAUCGUCUUCAGGGAAGGGUCCCAAGGGACGCAAAAAGGCUAAUAACCCAAGAGAGAGCUAAGGAUGGGGGAAUUUGUAAGUAUCAACUUGGCUUUCUAUGUUUCAUGUCAAUCCUCUGAUUUUGCUAGUUUAGGGGCUCCACAUUGGACCAGGCCUGGCCAUUGUAGUGCAAGCCUUCAUGUGCAGUCCUGCUGUCCUAAUUUGCUAUUCGCAGCAUAAUUACUUGUGGCAAAACUAGAAUAAAUGGGUUUGUAUAGCUUGUGAAUGUGGAUUUGGAGGUCAAAAUAUGUGAAAUAGUGUUAUUAACAGCAAUUUUAUUUUUUUAA